AUGCCUCCGCUUGCCAUCAUCCCGGGUUGCGGCGGCAACGACAGAACAAAGCCUCUUGUCAAUUUUAUCGUGGUGCCCGGUGUUGCGGGCGUCUCUCUGAGCGAUAAGACCUGUCCACACUUCGGCGGCUGGCUUGCCACGUUGAUCACCAAGUGUCGCAGCCGCGCACAGAGUUGGGUUUACGACAAUGAUAUCCAGUUAGACAAGCUUGAGUCUUGGGACAAGUACUCAUCCAAUGGCUGCGACUUGCUGCAACAGCUGCUUGCGAUGCAGCGAAAACCGGAGUUUCCAGAAGACAGCACAUUUGUUCUCGUUGGUCAUAAACUUGGCUGCUAUAUCUUAAAAAAGGCAUUGAUCGAAGCGUUUGACCGAUCACAUAGGACAGACCCGAGAGCACUACUUGAUAUGGUCGAGACGGUGAUAAUGGUUGGCGAACCGAAGCUUGAUCCGAAGAAGCGUGAUAAAUGGAUCAAUUCCAUCUCUGAAUGUGUAUCUGCAAAGAAAACCCUGCCGAAGAAACUGGCCAACGGUCACACAGUCGGUUGUCUGCAACGUAUUGCUGACCGAUUUGAGGAUUCAUCAUUUCUCUCCAACAUGGUGGAGGUAUCAGGCACCUCGAAGCCCCGACCAAAAAUUUUCAACUUCAAGAAGGCAAUUCACGAUGGGUGCGUUUGCCCUGAAACCAUCCAUGUUCGCAUGUGGACAGCCGCAAGUGAAGGAGAGCUUCUUGAAAAGGGCUUAGGCGAUGGCACGUUAUGUGGAUUCCAUCCCGAAAGCCCUGAUUAUGGAAACCUGCUACGCCUUAACUCAAGCUCAAUCCUGUCAAUUAGUGCACCAGAAAACAUGGACAACACGACUGCAUCAGUACAGCCCGAAACCCUCUUUCCAGGCCAUGUUUUGGAUGAGGCCGGGACAAAAGGUCAGGACUCGGAAACAGGCGUUGGCCAGUAUCAGGGAGAACAAGUCAAGUCAAAUCAAGCCUCGGAGUUUCUUGACCGGUUUGACAGCUGUAGCUCAGAAGGCCAAAACUCUAGAUUCGAGUCUGUAGGAGACGACGAAUUGCGUCCAGAGGCCGAAGACACUGCAACCGUCGGCAGCGCCAAUAUCUCCUACCAUACACAGCAGUUCAUAAAUAAUCUCACUGACCACUGCACAACAGAGUCCGCAACCAAUCCAACACCAAAUUAUAGCUCAACAAAUCCCGGAGGCCGCAAAUUGCACUUCUCAACUUCCAUUCCGGGAAGAGACAGACUGUUUACUGGAAGGAUCACCAUUCUUGAACAACUGCUGGCAAUAUCUUCCGGAUUGGCUACUAAUGCACCUUCUCAAGAGCUCCAUACAAACAAGCCGAAAAUUGUCUGGUUGCAAGGACCUUCAGGGAUAGGCAAGACUAGCAUUGCGGUCGAAUUUGCUUACCAGCGUAUGGACGGCUUCACACACGUCAUAUGGUUGAAUGCCACCUCCAAGGCAACACUAGGCACCUAUUGUCAUGACUUCGCCGUGGCACUCGGGCUUGUGAACGGAAGGACCUGUCAAAACCACGAAGUCAGUAGACGCGAAGUGAUCAGUUGGCUGGAGACGUCGCAGACACAAUGGCUUCUCAUUAUCGAUAAUGUGACCGGGAGCGAUAUUAUUGCACCCUAUAUUCCGAGGAGCCAGAAGGGUCUGAUUAUUGCCACAAGCGUAUUGACUGCGCCAGCGCUUGUGAGAAUCCACGGAUCACAAACCAUAGAAGUACCUCCAAUGUCCAUGUCAGAGAGUGCGACCUUGAUGCUUUGUACAGUCCGUGCUGAGGAAGCGGCGAAGCAUUCGGAGGCCAUCUCUCAUGCCGCUCGGUGGUGUGCGGGUCAUCCAACUCUUCUACGAAAGUUAGCAAACUGGAGCCGUCGGAACAAAGUACCUUUCGAGGAUAUUAAUCGGCUUCUCGUUUCGCAAGCCACAACUAUUAUAGAACAUUUGCCCUUGACGGUUUUUCUUACUGCUAGGAUAGCUAGCCUCGAUGCACAGAAAUCACGAGCUUUGAGUGUGCUCUGUUUUUUCGACCCAGAGAGAAUACCAAAGCGCCUAGUAAGGUACACCCAGCCUGUGAAUCUUUCUUCCGGUGAAAGCGACAAGAAGUUAGAACAGACAAUAAACGAUGCGUCAACACAUUUGUGGAGGCUGUCUCUGCUGGAAAUUGAUGAGAAGAAGGCCACGUUCCGAAUGCAUCGAUCAACACAGUCUCACGUUCGGAAUGGUCUAAACAGUCAGGAGUGGAAUCAUUCCUUUCAAACGGUUUCUCACUGCUUAGUACAGCAGUGGCCGUCGAGGAAAAAAGUGACGAAUAUCAUGAACGGGUUCUGGGACGAAUUUCAGCCUUUACACAAUCACGCGCAUCACCUGGCUGCCUGCUACGUCGAGAAAGGCGUAAACCGGAAAGAUAAAGCUGUGCCUGAGCCUAACUUGGAUUUCAAACAACUUCUCAUGAACCAUACUUGGUACAACGCCCGUCGAGGUAACGAAGACGAAGAUCGGGACAUCGGGACAUUAGCGACUCUACUGUGCAGAAAUCCCUCGGCGGCACAGAAUGAAGGAGCCGAACCUAUUUUGCCUCGAAGAUGCCUAGAAAUCUCAAGCAGCCCUGAUUCUACCGUUCGACUCAGAGAAACUCAAGGUAGCCGUGGGAAAUACGUCGCUUGCGGUUGGUGGGGAUCCCAUACAAGGAGAGCACGGAUUAGAAGCCUCACCUCCGAGACUCUUGAACAAUACAAAGCAGGAAUCGAUGCCUCUAUUCUAUCAGCAGAUCUCCGCCAUGCCAUCCAACUAGCACGAGAACGUGGGAUUUCCUACGUGUGGACGGAGCGGCUUUGCGUGAUGCAGGACAACCCGAAAGAGAUAUCAGGAGAAUUAUCGCGUUUUGUGGACUACUUCUCAAACUGCUCUUUCAUUGCAUACGUGCCAUCCGACAUUCAGCUAGGGUCUGAUGACUUGUUUCGAGAUACUGGUGUCUUCCUCUACCCGGAAGAAAGCAUCCUGCCUCAUGCAAAGAAGCUCGCCGGUGAUAGCUUUGGACACUCCAUCCGCUCCAUUUUCAGAGACUGCAUGCCAGAAACUUCAGGUCGUGUGAACCGGGCCGAAGGCGGACCAACCAUAACAUAUCAAAUCCGGGAAAACUCGAACUCCAGUAUUUCAAAGACGAUUGUGCGUUUAACUACAGGAAACAGCGUUCCUCCUGAAAAGGCUACUGUUCUAGGAGAUGAUGAAACGGACUCUACCAGAAGGAGAGCAGACAAACCAGAGGAUAACAGUGACGGUGAUGGCAAAUCACAUGGGACUUCGAACAGAGUCUCUGAGGCGUGGACCUUUCUGGAAGGCGGAAAAGCACAACUCGUGGAAGGUUCGACAACCGAGGCGAUAGGCUCUCUGGUACUGUCGCGCGAUAUAUUUCGAUCCAAAGAGGGAAUUUCGCCCGAGGAAAUGGAAGGCUAUGCUCUAGCAUCAGCAACACUGAGUAUCGCCUUUCGGCUGAUGAAUCAGUAUAAGAUAGCAUUGGACAUUGCAACCAAUGCAGAAGACUUCAUUACGAACUUGCCGACCUACGAGAACGUUCCCACUCUGGGGUACGGUAGAUUACUGCUCAGCCAGGGCACUGCAUUAUUGAGCCUUGGCGAAGUAGACCGCUCGCGACAAAAGCUAAAGGAGAGCCGCAAAAGUUUCUUUGAAUCUUCGUCUAAUCAGGAGAGCGAAUGGACGGCAUCCGCCAACAUCCACUUAGCUGAGGCACACGCUGUUGCUGGGGACUUCAAAGAUGCGCACAAGCUCCUCCAAUCAACGUUGGAAUAUUUCCAAGCCCAGUCAAUGACCCAGGCCGUCGAGGGACACCUUGCCCGUGUGUUUUUCCGACAGAGCCAACUGUACCAGAAAGAAGGUAACGGAUUCAUGCACAUGAGCACGGCGGCUAUGGCGAAGUUCGCUUUCACGAGGUUACAACCUGUAUUGUCUCAGGGCAACACGGAACCAGCGGCUACCGCUUCGGCUUCACAGAACGAACCAAUGAGCCUUGAUUGUGACAAGCUGGUUGAACCUUGGUUCAGAUAG